CAAGAUUAAGGAAAGAAGAAAAAAAGGAAAAUAAUUUCGGGUCACUGAAAAAUUUCAUAUAAAGCCGCGUGGCAGUUCAUGGCCCAAAGGAUGAGCUUUGAAGGUCGCGUUAUCAAUUUGGGAGAUUUUUGCUAACUUCGAGGUAAUCUCUCUUCUCUACGAACCAAACGCCGUCCGUUUUGGUGCUCUGUAGACUCCUCCCAUGGCGUUACCCGUCGUAGACACGGAGUACCUCAAGGAGAUCGAUAAGGCUCGCCGUGACCUCCGCGCUCUCAUUGCCAAUCGGAACUGCGCUCCGAUCAUGCUUCGUUUGGCUUGGCAUGAUGCUGGGACUUACGAUGUGGUUACGAAAACUUGUGGGCCUAAUGGAUCGAUUAGGAACGAGGAGGAGUUUUCUCAUGGUUCCAAUAAUGGACUGAAAAAAGCUAUUGAUUUUUGUGAGGAAGUGAAGUCUAAACAUCCGAAGAUUACUUAUGCAGACCUGUACCAGCUAGCUGGUGUUGUUGCUGUUGAGGUCACUGGAGGCCCCACCAUUGACUUUGUUCCCGGUAGAAAGGAUUCAAACAUUUGUGCCAGGGAAGGCCAACUUCCUGAUGCCAAAAAAGGUGCACCGCAUCUGCGUGACAUCUUUUAUAGGAUGGGCCUGUCUGACAAGGAUAUUGUUGCAUUGUCCGGAGGUCACACUUUGGGAAGAGCACAUCCAGAGAGAUCUGGUUUUGAUGGACCUUGGACCGAGGAUCCUCUGAAGUUUGAUAACUCAUACUUUGUGGAACUGUUGAAAGGAGAAUCAGAGGGACUAUUAAAACUUCCUACGGACAAGGCUUUACUUGAAGAUCCUGAGUUCCGCCCAUAUGUGGAAUUGUAUGCAAAAGAUGAAGAUGCAUUCUUCAAAGAUUAUGCUGAAUCACACAAGAAACUUUCAGAGCUAGGGUUCACUCCAGGUUCUGCUAAGGCAAUUGUGAAGGACAGCAUUGUAUUGGCACAGGGUGCCGUUGGAGUUGCAGUUGCAGCUGCUGUGGUAAUUCUGAGCUACUUAUAUGAAAUUCGCAAAAAAUCGAAGUAAUUAUAGUAGCAAGGUCGACUAGUUGCCUAUAAAGCAAUCAAUAUUGAGUUCAUUUCUAGACCUGGAAAAUUGUGCACUUGAGAUCUGAUACAUUAUACUGAUUCUAUGUAUUAGCUUCAUAAACAAAAUCACUCUGCAAGAUUAUCAUCAUACCAUGAAAAUUUA